GUCACACCCACAUUAGCAUUCUCGAACCACCACCUCCGCUCGGCACUGCCAGCCCUCCAUGCAUACUUAUCUUUCUUCAUCCUCAAUUUCUCGAUAAUGUGGGUUGUGAUCUCGAUCUGUGAGGAUGAUUGACGUGUCAUACUCGAGUAUCAUGUGGCUGGUGCAUGCAACAGACCGUUAGAUUCUGGCCGAGUACUGAUCUGUGGACUUCGCAGCAUGAGAGGACUGUACAGUGUACUCGCCUCGUAAUGCAAGAACAUCCAAGAUUCCGGGUAACCUGAAGUUCCUCAAGGAACAAAGAAGCUACCCACCCUCGGGAGGUCACAACGUUAACGGGAGGUCUUAUAAGUCGCGCAGACGCAUCCAGGGCAAUGGAUCUCUUACUCACAUCAUCUACCAACGCAGCUCAGAGAGCGACUCAAGGAAUCGCUAUCAUGUAUUAUGCGAUUGGAAUCACUUGUCAAACGUUUUUAUAUGGUAUCUACACCAGCUUGGCGAUUUUCUCAAUAUAUUCGAUGAUCAAGACAGGUCUGAAGAACAGCAUGCGGAAAUACCUUUUCAUCAUGUCCAUCUUCAUGUUCUUCAUCUCAACGCUUUAUUGGAUUUCCAAGCUACUCGAUCUCCUCCAGAAAAUCCAGAAUGGGAUCAUUGACAACAACCCUCCAUCUACCUCGCUUACGACUUCACCUAUCACUCAUUUCGAACUUAUCUUGGGAUCGGUUGCUUUGAUGAAUUACGCUCUCACGGAUGGCGUCGUGCUAUGGAGGGCCUGGGCGAUAUGUAGCGACGAGUACAGAAGCUGGCUCUAUGUUCCCCUGUUUUUCCUAUGUUGCGCCUGUACCACGAUAUCCGCCACAAUCAUUGUUAGAAUCACUAUUCAAUCCAUCCCUCAUGUGGAUGGAAGUACCUCCGAUCCUCGAAUCAAGAAAUUGACACGGGCCAUCGACGUUUUUCAAACCUCCAACCUCGGGCUCUCUUUGCUCAUGAAUCUAUCAGCGACUGGGUUGAUAGCCUUGAAGGCCUGGCGGUUCCGUCGGUGGAUCAAGUUCGAUUUAAAGGCUAUUCCGAGUCGUCGGCGCAGAACGAGAACGAGAGGCGAAAAGGUUAUGGUACUCUUAAUCGAGUCAGGAGUGAUAUACUGCAUUUCCAUCGUUUGUCACAUCUGAUUUUCUAACGGAUGGUCUUAUAAGUUAUUAACUAUUAACUCCCCCCCCCCACCCCACGGACACUGGCAGAUUACAACUCUAGUCUGUACCCUAAUCAGACUACCCAUCGGAACGUUGGGAGAUAUCUAUGAUCCUCUGAACAUUCAGAUUGCGGUGAGUACUCUCAGGUACUUUGAAAUCCGAGAUUACCGACUCGCUUCAUACUUUAUAUAUGUAAAAGAAGGGGAUUUAUCCGCUCGUGGUGUUGCUGUUAGUGAACCGAGGACAGUCACUAGAACAAACGAUGUUUGGGAGAACUAGUAUCACCAACGCCGGGACCCCUCAUCCAUCUGUAGCUCAGUAGAAUCCAAGUAGAAUCUCUACAGUACGGCCUCGCAAUGGAACCCAUGAUUGAAAGUUCA